AUGAAUAUACCCAUUCAAUCCAACACCCAAAUUCUCGUCACCAACUUGAGGGAGUCGUCAAGCACAAAACUCCUCAAGCUUCAUGAAGAGAACCGUUGGAGCCAAGAAAUCCAGCCACCAAAGUUCUCAGCCUCUUCCAUCCUUACUACUACCCCUAACCUAGAAACACUCACUGCCGCUCCCAACAUAUUCAACAAUAAGCGGUGGAGAAAGUAG